AUGGAACAGCCUCCUGGUUUUGUGGAUCCUUCUCAACCUACUCUUGUUUGCAAACUUCACAAGGCUCUUUAUGGUAUUUCCGUUCAGUCCACUGCUCAAGGUUUCUUUCUCUUCCAGCAGAAGUAUGCCUCGGAGCUUCUUCUUAAAGCUGGCAUGACUAACUGCAAGCCUUGUGCUACACCUACCUCAGCUAAACCUUCUCUUCCUGCUACUGAUUCUCUCCCAUUCUCUCAACCUUUUCUUUUUCGCAGCCGUGUGGGUGCUCUUCAGUAUCUUACUAUAACUCACCCUGGGAUCUCCUAUGCUGUCAACCAAGCCUGCCAACAUAUGCAUGCCCUUACUGUGGCUCAUUUUUCUGCUGUUAAACGUAUCUUACGUUACAUUAAAGGUUCCCUUUCCCGUGGUCUUCUCUUUGCUCCUGGUUUUUUUCAUCUCACAGCAUACUCUGACUCCAAUUGGGCUGGGGAUGCCACUGACAGACAUUCCACCUCUGGUUACUGUGUGUUCUUGGGUUCUAAUCUCAUUUCGUGGUCCUCCAAGAAACAGUCCACUGUGUCUCGCUCCUCGACCGAGGCUGAAUAUCGGUCCUUAGCCCACACUGCUGCCGAACUCACUUGGUUACAAAUGCUUCUUGCUGAUUUUCACAUUCCUCAACCAUCUCCACCUGUUCUUUGGUGUGACAACAUGUCUGCUUUAUCCUUGGCUACUAAUCCGGUCUUUCACAGCCGCUCUAAACACAUUGAAGUCGACUGUCAUUUCAUUCGUGAGAAGGUUGCUCGUCGCCAGUUCUUUCUCAAAUAUGUUCCUUCUUUGGAUCAAUUGGCUGACAUCUUCACCAAGUCUCUGUCCACUGCCCGAUUUUCUUUUCUCACUUCCAAGCUUCGUGUUGGUCUUCCCCCUCUCAACUUGAGGGGGCAUGAUAAGGCAGAGGUCCAAGAGGUGCAUCAAGUGUAA